AUGGAAAAGGAGGUAAAUAACGAAGAAGUGGAUGGAGGAUUAGCCUUUUUUAGAAGUAUGUAUGACAAAUACAGGGAUGCUUUCAUAAGCCAUAUUAACGAAUACAUACUAGAAGAUCACAUAAAGGAACACAUUUCAAAAUAUUACAAACUUUUAUUUGAUUACAACUGCUUAGGGGGAAAAAAUAUAAGAGGCAUUUUGGUUAUUUUAAUUUAUGAAUAUGUAAAAAAUAGGGACAUUAACAGUUCAGAGUGGGAGAAGGCUGCUUGUUUAGCCUGGUGCAUAGAAAUUUUACAGGCGUCGUUCCUAGUGGCCGAUGACAUAAUGGACAAAGGAGAAACGAGGAGAAACAAAUAUUGUUGGUAUCUAUUGAAAGAAGUUGAAACGAAAAACGCCGUGAAUGACGUUCUCCUUUUGUAUAAUGCCAUUUACAAGUUAAUUGAGCUGUAUUUGCGAAACGAAAGCUGCUACGUUGACAUUAUAGCCUCCUUCAGAGACGCUACUUUAAAAACUAUUAUUGGCCAACACCUAGAUGCGAAUAUAUUUUCUGAAAAAUACUCAGACAUAAGUAGAAAUAUUGACGUUAACAAUAUUAAUGUUUCAGAACAGUCACUUAUUAAUAUUAAUAUGAUCAAUUUUAAAGUUUAUCAAAAUAUAGUUAUUCAUAAAACUGCAUAUUAUUCUUUCUUUUUACCUAUUGUGUGUGGUAUGCAGCUAGCUGGAAUAUCUCUAGAUAACUUAAUUUACAAAAAGGUUGAGAAUAUAUCUGUUUUGAUGGGCGAGUAUUUUCAAAUUCAUGACGAUUUUAUGGAUUAUUUUGGAGACGAGGAAAAAACGGGGAAAGUUGGAUCGGACAUACAAAAUAAUAAAUUAACCUGGCCACUAAUAAAAACUUUUGAGCUAUGUUCCGAAUCAGACAAAAUUAAAAUAAUAAAAAAUUACGGGAAAAAUAAUAGAGAGUGUGUUAAAGUUAUUGAUAGUAUGUAUGAGCAAUAUGACAUAAAAUACCAUUACAGUGAGUAUGAGAAGGAGCAAAAGGAAAAAAUACAAAAGGCUAUAUGCGAGUUGCAACACGAAGGUAUUGAAUAUGUGUUAAAAUAUUUGCUGGACAUUUUAUUUACUGGUGCGUAG